CGGAAGUGUGUCACCGGAAGCCACGGGAUGACGUAGAGGGCAAGAUGGCGGCGCGCAUGAAGUGAGAGGGCACAGCGGGCGCAAAAUGACAGGUGUGACAGGAAUAUGUUUGGCGCAGAUUCACAGGACCGUUGUGCUGUCACCACCAGCAGCAGCAUGCCGCCUGCUCCGAACCUACUGCAGAAGAAGUGACCGAUGGCUGAUGUUUCAUCCGGCCAAACGUAAGUAUGUGACGCAACCGGGGGCUUCAUACCAGAGAGCAAAGCCGAAGCAGGAGCUGAGGGAGCCCGUGCUGCAAGAAGAGAGCGUGCUGCGAGAAGUGAAGCCGAUAUCGGCCGUACUGCCGAUCGCAGACCCGUCCAGUGGUCCUCCGACUCAUGAAGCACCAGGACCCUCCAACCAAAGCAACGAGCAGACCAAAGCCGCCCCCGAGGAGAAGGGCUGGAAGGAAAUAAAAGUGGAUGUGUCCACAUUGCCCGGAAUAUUAGCCCGGCUGUCCAAAAUCCGUCUCUCAGCUUUGGUGGUGAUCACGGCCUCCGCCGGCUAUGCCAUGGCUCCUGUGCCCUUUGACCUGAGCUGCUUCCUCCUGGCCUCUGUUGGCACUGGCCUGGCCUCUUGUGCUGCCAAUUCCAUCAACCAGUUUUUCGAGGUGCCGUUUGAUUCGAACAUGAACAGGACAAAGAGCCGCCCCCUGGUGCGAGGACAGAUCAGCCCUCUCAUCGCUGUCUCCUUCGCUGCUGCCUGCGCUAUUCCUGGGAUCGCCUUGUUAACCCUUGCGGUGAACCCGCUGACCGGAGCGCUUGGUGCAUUCAACAUCUUCCUUUACACCUGCUGUUAUACCCCAAUGAAGAGGCUCAGCAUUGCCAAUACCUGGGUGGGUUCUGUGGUGGGCGCUAUCCCACCCAUCAUGGGCUGGACAGCAGCGACUGGCAGCCUGGACGCUGGAGCCCUCUUGAUGGGUGCCAUCCUCUACUCCUGGCAGUUCCCUCACUUCAAUGCCUUGAGCUGGAACCUCCGUGAAGACUACUCCAGAGGAGGGUAUCGGAUGAUGUCUGUCACGCAUCCGGACAUGUGCCGCCGCGUGGCCCUGCGCCACUGCCUGGGGCUCAUAGGACUAUCCACUUUAGCCCCUGCCUUGGACGUCACCACAUGGAACUUCCCCAUCAUCUCCCUUCCGGUCAACUUGUACAUCUCCUACCUAGGCUACAGGUUCUACCGGGACGCAGACCGUAACAGUGCCAGGAAGCUGUUCUUCUGCAGCCUCUGGCAUCUGCCCACUCUUCUGCUACUUAUGUUGACCUGCAAAAAGUCUGUAGUGGGGAAGAAAGAGCCAUCAGAGGUCAUCCAAAACCCAAGCUGAGAAUUGAGGUUCCCAGAAGGAGCUGUGAUCAGGCAUUACUGUAAAACGAUUACCAAGAGACAAAUCUUCUCCGGUGUCCACAACAAAUCAAACUGUGUUGAUGGGGAUGCCAAUUUUACUUCCUAAAUCAGAGAUUACUGAGAAGGGCCACCAUUAUAAGACACUCAGUGAAAUUUAGUGAACCCUUCAGCCGUCCACUGGGAACAACACUUUCCAUCUUCUCCUGAGAUCCUCACGCAUCGUCUACGAGAAACUCUUCAGAAUUUGAAUCAUUGCAAGAAAUUUUGAGAGCGAGAAAACCAGACACAAUCCCACAAGGUGCCAUCAACAUGACUCCCUCACAGUGUUCUUCUCAUUGCUGGAUGUCCACUUCAUUAGACUGUAUUUAUUGCUCUGUACACGUCAUGACCAGGAGAAGAUGACCUCUUCAUGUUGCUCUCUAGAUCCCACAAGGUGACAUCCACCUGACUUCCUCACAGUGUUCUUCUCAUUGCUGGAUGUCCACUUCAUUAGACCUUAUUCAUCGCUCUGUACACCUCACGACCAGGAGAAGAUGACCUCUUCAUGUUGCUUUAUAGAUCUAAUUUAUUUUUCACUCUGUGGUGAUGACAUAGGACGCCGGUCACACUACCGUGUGACAUAUUGCAAGCAGACAAGAGCCGCACUCCAUUCAGAAUAUCUUGCUGCAUCAUCCACGGUUUAGUUUUUAUACUUUAGGGUGGAUUUGUUACUUUACGCCACGGACAAAUCCGUCACCAGAUCUGCAGUGCCACGGAUUUCACCAACGGAUUUUUUUGUGGCGUAAAAUUGUAAAUCCACAUUUAAGGUUUUAUAAACCCGAGUUCUGACUGUCCCAUAAAUGACAAGUUGCUGCCAUAUACCUCAUAUAGGUAAACAUUCAAGCUAGUAGUUAGUGGAACUCCCCUUUUACUGAUGACAUCAUCAUUUAGAUAUAUUUAGGGCUCAUUCAGACGGCCGUAUGUUGCUUUCCGCAUCUCAUCCGCAAUUUUGUGGAUUUGAUGCGGGCCUGUUCACUUCUAUGGGGCCCCAAAUGAAGUGGACAGCACACUUCCAUUCCACGGUCCCCCAAAUCAAAUAAAACAUGUCCUAUACUUGUCAGUGAAAAUUGGGACGUGGUGCCACUGAAGUCUAUGGGUCCACAAAAAUGCGGAACGCAAUCAUUUUUUUUUUUUUAUGGACAUGCUGAACUGACUCCAAAAAAACGAAACCGCAUUUUUGCGGACUGCAAAAAAUAUAUACGGCUGUCUGAGCCCCCAGGGAAAUAAAAGGGGGUUGUCCAGUGAUGGAUGCUCAGCCUCACUGAUCGCAUUCCGGUGCUUACCACCAGGUCCCUGCUGGUCUCUGUUUUCUGCCCUGGUCUUGACACCCAGGAAGUACUUGGAGAUGCCUGCAGUGAACAGCUGAGCAGGGGUCUGCGGGCUAUCCUGUGUGGUGAGACUGGUCCAGGAAGCAAAGAGCAACGGGGAUCUGGUAAACGGGUGUGAAUAUCCCUUCUUAUAUUCUAAAGACAAUCCCCCUGGACAACCCCUUUAAAUGAUGCAAGGAUGGGUGAUGCCGCAGGAUGUUCUACCAUCUAGUAUCUGGUGCGAACAUCCAGUCAGCCGCCAUUAUUUUCCGUUCUGAACCUGCCUUACGUAUACAGUGACUCGGCCUAUGGGGCUCUGUACUUGAACACAAUCUCAGAUACUGUAAUGUAAGAUAUCGCUCUGUUCUGGACAUUUUUGCUUUUGAUUAUUAAAAAAAUAUAUAAAACUCU